CUGAAGGCAAGACGGUCCCGACAGCAACGCCUCCUCAACGGCCCCGGUCGUCCGGGCCGCUCCCCGCAGACGCCGCGAAAUCCGCGCUGCCUCCCGCGCCCCCCGCCGCUCGGCCGGUCGGGGGUUCCCCGGGGCGCCCUUCCUGCCGCGCGCCCGUCUCCCCGCCCCCGCCCCGCCCUGCAGGCUGCGGUCCCUUUAAAGGCGCGCUCGUGUGGGGCCGCCCUUCUCUCGAGGCUGACUCGGGAGCCGCGCCGCCGCCACCGCCAGCCGCCGCCGCUCGCCAGGCAUGGCCAUGGCGUCCCCGGCCAUCGGGCAGCGUCCCUACCGGCUGCUCUUGGACCCAGAACCGCCGCGCUACCUGCAGAGCCUGAGCGGCCCCGAGCCGCCGCCGCCCCCCGGCCGCUCCUCGCGCCGCUGCGCCCCCGCGCCCCUCUCCACUGCGCCCGGGGCGCACGAGGGGCGCGGCGCCCGGAGGGCGGCCCGGGGGGACCCGGAGCCCCAACCUCGGGCCUCGCGACCCGCCCGCCCUCUCCGGCCUGGUCUGCAGCAGAGACUGCGGCGGCGGCCUGGAGCGCCCCGGCCCCGCGACGUGCGGAGCAUCUUCGAGCAGCCGCAGGAUCCCCGCGUCCCGGUGGAGCGAGGCGAGGGGCACAGCUUCGGCGACCUGGCGCUGCGGAGCGGCCCGGGCUGGUGUGACCUGUGCGGACGAGAGGUGCUGCGGCAGGCGCUGCGCUGCGCUAACUGUAAAUUCACCUGCCACCCGGAGUGCCGUCACCUGAUCCAGCUGGACUGCAGUCGACAGGAAGGCCCAUCCCAGGACAGGCCCUCUCCAGAAAGCACCCUCACUCCGAUCUUCAGCCAGAAUGUCUGUAAACCCGCCGAGGAGACGCAGCGGCCGCCCACACUGCAGGAGAUCAAGCAGAAGAUUGACAGCUACAACACCCAGGAGAACAACUGCCUGGGCAUGAAGCUGAGUGAAGAUGGUACCUACACGGGUUUCAUCAAAGUGCAUUUGAAGCUCCGGCGGCCGGUGACGGUGCCUGCUGGGAUCCGGCCCCAGUCCAUCUAUGAUGCCAUCAAGGAAGUGAACCUGGCGGCCACCACCGACAAGCGGACAUCCUUCUACCUGCCCCUCGAUGCCAUCAAGCAGCUACACAUCAGCAGCACCACCACGGUCAGCGAGGUCAUCCAGGGGCUGCUCAAGAAGUUCAUGGUUGUGGACAAUCCCCAGAAGUUUGCACUUUUUAAGCGGAUACACAAGGACGGGCAAGUGUUCUUCCAGAAACUCUCUAUUGCUGAUUGCCCUCUCUACCUGCGCUUGCUCGCCGGGCCUGACAAUGACGUCCUCAGCUUCGUGCUCAAGGAGAAUGAAACCGGAGAGGUGGAGACACUUUUUCUCAGGACACCUGUGGCGGGUGCAUCUGUGCCCCCCCUCCCCCGCCGGCAGUUCCAGAUGUGGCACGAAACCUCUGAGGGACACGCGUGCUCGCGGGCCAGGCCCCCGCCUGCCACACACCACCUCCGAGGAGCAGGACUGGGGAGGGGAGGUGGUGGUGGCAGGGGCGGGAGGGGGGAGAGAAGAGCCUUGGAUGUCAGCAAUCCACGAGCCCUUGGUAAGCCAACCAGCUGCCUCUCUCAUCACCAAACUGGAAUGGUUCGCACCGGCCGGCAAAGGAAAGAAGAAAGGUUUUAGAGCUGUAUGUUUUUUCUCUGGGUUUUAUUCUUCUUCAAUUUCUCUCUUAUUUGCCACCCAUAGACCUUUAUUUAUGAGUCAAAAAUUGUAGCAUAUUCCUUGAGCUGGUCGGGGCUAAGCCCCCGAAAGCAGGAUAAUGCUCGUAAGAGGAUUGCCCCCCACUGUCCCAAGGUGCCCGUUGUUCAUGCUCAAGGGAAGGUCCUAAAGCCACUGGCCCCAGAUGCUCAGGUAGGGAGCACCAUAGCUGAGGUUGGCUCAGAGAUUUCCAGAGAAGCCACAGCCUGCCUUGGCCCUCAUCACUCAAGAGUCUGCACACACGUAAACCCAAAGGCAUAUAUUUAUCUGCACGUGUGUGAUGCCUCGUCACUUCUUUGUCAACAAGCGUUUGUUUUUAAAGUUACAACUUGGAGUUUCCUAUUGCCAUCAUCCUCACGUGUUUUCACGAAGGGAAACCAGCCAUUUGCCAUUUUUAAUGUCUCCUGCUGAGUACGGAAAUCAGGCAGUCAGAGGAAGCCAAAAAGCAUUGCAGAGAAAUGUGUCCAACUUGUCCUCAGCCUUCCCCCGGCCAGAGAGCAGGGGAGGGCCUGGCCGCCCUGCUUUGCCGCGUGGCCUUCCGCACGGCCUCCUUCCUCCCACUGGGACUCUGGGGUCUCCAGGUGCUGCCAGAGGAGCUGCCUUGAAUACAGACGGGGAUCCUCCCAACUCAGCCGACUUGGAGUCCUUUGUGUUCCGAAGCCCGGGCCAGCCCGUGGCCUGUGCUCCGCGAGCUUGUGGGCCGGCCUCCGGCUGACCUCAGUGCCUUUUUGUUUUCAGAGAGAGACGGGAGCAGGGCGCACCUGCUUGACGCUUGCUGCUGGCUUGCUCCUGCCAGAAAGGGGACCAUGGUGGUGCGGGAGGCGAGGCCAGGGGAGCCCUCCCUCCGAGAAUGGGGCGAGAGUCACAGACCUCCUUCCCCUCUAAUGUCCUGGGCUUUGACUCCCAAUAAGUGAUGUCAAACCCCAUGGACAAGGUGGAUCAGAUCCCUAACUUACACCUGUACUGGAUCCUUGUUCGGGUGCAAACUGAAAAAUAAACUAGCCAAGCAACUGAAGCAAGUGGCCAGGGCUGCAAAGACCCUCCAACGCAGAGGGAGAAGGACUUUUCACGGCCAAAGCAGGGCUGGCUUUCCAGUCCAGCCUCUGAGAGAUCACUUCUUCGCUGUCCUCUGCCUUCCCAGGUCCUUCCUGGGUUGGGUUGAGCCCCAGCUUCUUUGUGUAGCCUCAGAAGUCCCCUCCGCAACCCUUGCUGUGUCCACACCGCCCCUGACCCCAGAAGGAAUGCUGCCCCCACGUCACAAAACUGUGUGUAGUCUUCAGAGCUGCAAAAGCAAGACAAGCUAGCAGCUCCAAAAGACUUUUUAGGCCCCCAGAACCCUGGUUCUCUGCCAUCUCAUGCUCAGCCUUAUUGCUUCUCUCCCUUAAAAAAAAUCUCUCUCCCUGCUGUGUACUAAAGGGCGCGGGUAGAGAGUCCUUUUCCUUCAUGCUGCAUGUCUUUAACAUUAAUGGAAGGUACAGCACCUGCUGCAGCCGCUGUGAAUGCUGCUGAGAGCCUCCCUCUGGUGGGGGCGGCUAUUUUAUUUUUGAGAAGGAAAAUAAAGUCAUGUACAUAUAUACAUAAGGGCAUAUAGCUAUAUAUAAAGAGAUAGGGGUGUUUAUGAAAUAAGAAAAUUAUGGAAAAUUCUGACUUUAUCUAAAGCACAGUUAGACCCAGGAGCCACGCUGAGGCCCGAGCCUCGAUGAAUAGUCUGUACAAAGUAUCCCUCCCCCCGGGGGCGGGUAUGGUGGCUGGGAGUGCCUUCUAUCCUUGUGCUGCCCUGUGUGUACAUAUUUGUCUUGAGGAUAUUUUCUUUUUAAAUGUCUUUCUUAUAUGGGUUUUAAAAAAAGUAAUAAAAGCUUGUUGCAAAAAUGA